GAAAAAGUAGGUUCUACAAUGGCCGAGAGCGAGAAACCGAGCAAAAAUGAGUUGAAACGCAGAGCUAAAGCUGACAAGAAAGCAAAGGAAAAGGAAGCAAAGAAGCAAGUCUCUGGUGCUGUGCUAAGUGAGGCAAAGCAGGAGAAGCAAGUGGCUACUGUAAAUGAAGAUGAGCUUGAUCCAAACCAAUACUUUGAGAUUCGCUCUCGAGCCGUGUCAUCUAUGAAAGAAGCUGGAGAAUAUCCAUAUCCUCAUAAAUUUCAUGUAUCAUGUUCUCUCAGUGACUUCAUCAAGAAAUAUGAUCAUUUGGAGGCUGGAGAACAACAGACUGAUGUCAAACUUAGUUUAGCUGGAAGGUUACAAGCAAAGAGAGAGAGUGGGAAAAAUCUUAUAUUUUACGAUCUACGAGGUGAAGGGACUAAAUUGCAAUUAGUCGCUGAUGCUCGAAAUGAUCCUCAAGGUUUUGAUGAGGUGCAUCCAAAGUUGAGACGAGGAGAUAUUGUGGGAGUCAAAGGAUAUCCUGGUAAAACCAAGAAAGGGGAACUCAGCAUAUUUGCAUUUUCUACAACACUUCUUUCACCGUGCCUUCAUCAACUUCCACACUUGCACUUUGGACUCAAAGACAAGGAAACACGAUAUAGAAAACGCUAUUUAGAUCUCAUUGUGAAUGACAGCGUUCGCAAUAAGUUUAUAACAAGAUCUAAGAUUGUUCAUUUUGUGAGACAUUUUCUUGAUGAGUUGGGAUUUUUGGAAAUUGAAACUCCAAUGAUGAACAUGAUACCUGGAGGAGCAGCUGCCAAACCUUUUGUUACACACCACAAUGAUUUGAAUAUGCAACUGUAUAUGAGGGUAGCACCAGAACUGUAUCAUAAGAUGCUGGUUGUCGGUGGCAUUGAUCGAGUCUAUGAAAUCGGUCGCCAAUUUCGAAAUGAAGGAAUUGACUUGACUCACAAUCCAGAGUUUACAACAUGUGAAUUCUACAUGGCAUAUGCUGACUACAAUGAUCUGAUGGUGAUCACUGAGACAAUGUUGUCAGGCAUGGUAAAACAUCUAACAGGUGGUUACAAAGUGACUUAUCAUCCAACUGAAGAUGAAGAGUUAAUUCUUGAUUUUACACCUCCAUUUAAGAAGGUCAGCCUCAUUUCUGAACUUGAGAAAGUUCUGAAGGUCAAGUUUCCUCCAGCAGAGAGCUUGGACACUGAAGAAGCAAGACAGUUUUUGUCUGAUUUGUGUGACAAACAUGGUGUGGAAUGUGCUCAUCCAAGAACGACAACUAGACUUAUUGACAAGCUAUGUGGCGACUUUGUAGAAAGUCAGUGUGUCAGUCCAACAUUUAUUUGUGAUCAUCCAGAAGUCAUGAGUCCUUUAUCUAAGUGGCAUAGAGAGCAUCCUGGUCUUACUGAAAGGUUUGAAUUAUUCACUGCAUACAAGGAAAUUGUCAAUGCUUACACCGAACUAAAUGACCCUGUUGUACAAAGAGAGAGAUUUGCUCAACAAGCUAAGGACAAGGCUGCAGGAGAUGAUGAAGCUCUCAUAAUUGAUGAGAAUUUCUGCACAUCUCUUGAAUAUGGAUUGCCACCAACUGGCGGCUGGGGCUUAGGUAUUGAUCGUCUGACAAUGUUCUUGACCGACUCUAACAACAUCAAGGAGAUACUCUUCUUUCCCGCUAUGAAGCCUAACGAGCAGAACGCUGGAGACUCGACUGCAAGCGAUGAAAAGAUGGGAGACACUGAAACUGAACUGUAGAACCGAAUCAAGCCCGAAGAUGCUAACCUGUCUCCGGGGAGUUUUUAAUUACGUUGAAUGUCACGUGAUUAAGACACUUGUGAUCGAUACUGUAGUGAAAAAGAAACUGUCAUUGCGAUUUGGCGUCUUCAGAAAAGAGAGAAAUGAACCAUCGUGGUUGUCAGGUGGGCAGCAGUCGCCGAUGGUUCUAGUCAAU